UUGCACGACAACUUUCGUCGUUAUUUUCGGUGCCCUUUUGCACAAAUAUAUUUUCAAGCCUACACGAAUUGUAAUUUUUUUGUUUGAGUUUUCUUUGUUUCUGUUUGAUGCACGAUGAUUAAAGUAUGUGGGAUUACCCUACGACUUACUUCGUGAAAUAAAAAAGGUGUGUAGCGUGUAACGGCAGCUGCCGUGCGUACGAGAUUGGGUGAGAGUCAAGAGUCUACAGAAGACAGAGAUAGAAGACUACAGCCCGCUGUUUAGCAAUCACACAACCAGUUUACAACUGAAAGAGAGGUAGUUUUUAACUGCCGCGGUGUAUACGUGUGUUACAUUUUCUUACCACCGUGAUUUUUUAGUAUUCUAUUUUUUUAAAUCACUAUAAUUGCCUUCGAGUAGUAAGAUGUCGUGCUUAUUUUCAUCGUUGUUGUUCAGACCGACGCAAUUACCUGCAGUAAGAAUGGCAGGUGACGACCACCCGGAGCUGGGCGGCUUUAUGGAUGCGAAGCUGGCAAGUUGCCGAAACAUGAGCCAGCGAAUGAAAAAGCGCACUUUAGCGCCGUGGAAAGUGUGGCGGCGACAUUGGUGUACGGUGCGGAAGCUCGGAGUGGGUCGUGGCAUCGAAGUGCUGCUGGAUCAGGGUUACGGUAGCAAUCCAAACGCCAAUGACAAGGACAAUAUUAUCAAAAUCCCAGCCAACGCCGUGAUUUGCCGCACGGAAUCGCGUACCAAGCCCUAUGCGUUUGGUAUAUUUCCAGCGAAGGAGCGCAAGCCGCUGUUGUAUCUGGCGGCGAGUUCCGAGAUCGAGAGUCAGCAAUGGAUGGCUGGUAUCAGGCAGAUGCUCAGGCCGAGGAGGCAUAGAUUCAUGGAGGGUACCUAUGCCGUGUCGAUGGUCGAUAACGCUCACUCUAGAUCGUCCGGGAUGACUGGACUAUACGGAGACCUGGUGGUCAGUCGAUCGGGGAUCUUCGUCAAAGACGUUCACAGCGGCGAGAUCGUAGAGACGAUCGAGUGGAAGGAAACAAGUGACGUACACUUAGCAACCCACGGCAGCACGGAAGACGUCAAAUGUAUCUGCGUGAUACAUACCACCAAAGAGUUUCGCGGUGGUGUAGGCGAGCUACAGAUAUUCUGUCUCCACGGACCGAGGUUGAUUCGAGAUAUCGCCUCUCAAGGACGUGGUCCUCGACAAAGGCAUCAUCAUAACCAGCAACAUCAACGUCCUUUGAGUCUGAGCGAAGGCGACUUGAGGAUAGCCGUACAACAAGAAGCUACGUGUUCUCGCGGCAAGAAAUUGAGACACAAAAUCACCGCAAAUCUUGUCGAUGCUGGACUUGGUGUUCUUUAUAAUUCAAGGUCCGGUAGUGAGAUUAAGAUUUUCAAUGAGAUUAUCAUUGGCGGUCCAACGGCACUCGACGGAUUUUCGAAAAUCACGUCAUCGACGCAUAGACGAGCCAUCGACAAUGUGUACGAAACAGAACCGGCCUCGAUGAAUAAUGUCAGCGCUAGUCUCGAGGAAUUGGAGGAAGUGUCACUGAGACGUGUAUCAGGCAUAUCCAUUGCCUCUGGGAUCUAUGAGGAGAUACUCGAUGAUUUCGUCUCCACGAGAACCCGAAAGGUACCAUCAAAUCUCUAUGAAAAUCCUGAGGAACUCAUAUUGAAUUCCUCAUUAAAACUACAACCGCCACCAUUACCACCGAGACAGAGAUAUGGUUCGUCGUCCACGCAAAAUGGAAGUGUCAGUGACGAUGGAUUGGAUUCGGAAGGUGGUACGCGUUCAACCUCACCCAGUACUCAAGAAGAUGCAACACCAACACCAGAAGAUAAAAUUUCCGGGCCAAACAGUAUUCCCGUAGAUUUAUCCGAAUACGUGACAAUGUCGCCGCGUCUUCAGUAUUUGGCUUUGCAAGAACUUCAAAGGCAGGCACAAGAGGAACACAUGUAUAUGGUCAUGCGAUAAGCCCAUUUCAUCAUACUCCUCGAUGAUGACUUCGGUGAUGAUAUAUUGAGUGAUAUUAUGUUCACUCACCGCAGCUUUAUAUCAAAUAGUUAAUUUUAGCAACAUAUGACUUUCAAGCGUAUUAUUGUUAUAUACACGAAUACGCAUUUUUUAUGCUUUGAGCGAAUUAUGUAUGCGAAUUUAGGAAAUUAUCUAUUCUUCGUCUUCCUAACAAUGUGAGCUGUUUCAAGCAAAUAGCAAACAUUUAGAGAUAGCUUAUUAUGAAUGUAAUUUAUUAGGAAAGGUUGCAAGGAACGUGUGAUAUGUGUUGAGUGUAAUUAAUUUUCUUGAUUGUUGAAUGUUACAUGUGUGUUUUUUUAAUGCCAAAUGCAUGUUUUUAUUGUAUAGGUGGAGAAAGGAGACGAAGUUAUUAGGUAACGUUUAAACGAAAUGUAAAAGAAACUUUUUACAGCACAUUGUACGUAAAACAUGCAACAUAUUAAAUAACAAUUGCUUGCUUUAGCAAUUUGAUGUAGUAUUGUUAUAAUAUAGUAGGCAUUCCAAUUUUUAAACUUUUUAAACUCGUUGAGUUCGGACACUCAAGAUAUAACGUUUUAGAAAAUUUUCAAGAACGAUAAACGGUUAUUUCGAUUUUGGUAUAGAGUGGUAAGACACGCUUUAUGUAGGGAAAAUGCUAUACGUAUACUCAGUAUUAGUAUUUAUUAUUAUUGGGCACUCUGUUGUCAAUCGGUCAUGUUCGCUUCUCUAUAAGCUUAUUCCAUUGGUAAGGAAAAUCUGUAGGUCAAUUCUCGAAAUUUAAACGCAAAAAAUUUUUCAUCAUACCAUUAAAAAUAUUUUUUUUAAAAACGAUUUUAUAUAAUUUUGAGAGAUACCGAAGGAUUAAAAUGUCUAUUUUAAUAUAAAAAGGAGGUAUCUGUGACAAACAAAUAACAAAUUUCAUAUCAUAUCUAUAGUCUAUUGAAAACAAAUCUCAUAUCAACUGGAAUUCAUAUCGUAUUUACAAUAAAAAAUAAUUCAUAUACAACUUUUCUACUUUCCUAUCUUUGAAACAACACGUACAAAAAAAACCGUUGUGAUACUCAGAUAAAUUUAUACAAUUUUUGGAAAUAAGCGAAGACACUGGAAGAUUUCUUAUAUUGUACUUCUUUUUGAAUUACAAGAAUAGGCUAUCCACUGCCUUUUGCUCCGUGCCUCAAAAUCUAUCUAUUUAUCCUUACUGCAAAUUAUAGUUGAUAAAAUAUUGUUGUAAACGUGUUAACAUUGUAAACGAAUAAUUCAAACACUUAAUUUUUCUAUAGAAACUAUAUUUGGUUUUAUGUUUCUCAAGGUUUUUCUAUAUCUCUUACAUUAUCAUUAAGUAAUAAAUGCGAGUAUUUAAAGAAGACAUUUAGUUAUAUUCAUUUUUUAAGCUACAUAUAGUUAAGAAAAAGAAUCAUGAUUUGGGCAUUUUUAGUUCUGUAAUUGUUAUUUUUUUACAAGUAAGAUUAAUAAUUUUUUAUCCUUGAUUUUAUGAUAUAUCAGUGAUGAAUAACUGACAAUUUGUUAGAUUGAUCUAAAACUUCUGUUUAUGUAAAAAGCGGAAUUUGUGAUAAUGUAAGUACCAUUAUAACUCGAGACUAGUUAACUAGCUCAGCUAAUAAAAUUAAUUUGGUUUUAAACCUGUAUGUGGUUUGCUUAAAGAUUAUGUUGGCAUGUUAACUCUUGUUGUUUCUUAUAAAUGGAAUUCAAUAAAAAUUUUAAGAUUAAUUGAUAAUAUUGAUAUUUUAUUUUGAAAAUAUUUAUUGCAAUAAAAAACGCUUAUCUAUAAGAACAAGAUUUAAU